GCGUGCUUUAUGUCUCCCUGUGACAAAAUGGCGACCGGAGGUUAGCGGGAAUUGUUGGGACUUUACCGCUCGUGAGGCCGGAGAGCCGCCCGGGUGUCAUGAAGUGUGGCCCCGCUGGCCCCCCAGGAAGUUCCUGCUCCCCCACACCAUCAUGUGACGCUGCCGCGGACUGUCCCUCCCCUGUACAGAAGCCUCUGGGCCCCAGGGUUGACCCUACCAGAGGGCGCUCCAGAUUGCAGCCCCCCAUUAGCCCCGGACCCCAGUGUCCUCCUGGCCGUCCGCAGCCGAUUAUUGAGACUGCCCCCCCGAACUCUGAGCCAGGUCUGAGCAGGGUCAUGGAGAGCCCCCCCGGGUCAUGUGCUGUGGGGGCAGCCGCCAAAGAAGGAUCAGAGCCAGGACCCGAGGAAGACCAGGCAGGGGUGCAGCUGCGGCCUGGUUUGGACGCGUACCGCGGUGCCCCCACCUGCUCUACUUCAGAAGAAGACAGUGCAGAGCUGGUUAUCCCUUUAGAUGAGGGCGAGGAGCAGAGCCGGGGCAGGAAGAAGAGGACACUGGUUAAGAGGAAGCGGCAACAGAAGGAAGAGGAGCCGGUGACCUGUCAUGUGGACCAGGAGCUGGACCGGGCCCUGGAGGAUGGGGCCAAACAGCACAAUCUCACCGCAGUCAAUGUCCGCAAUAUCCUCCAUGAGGUGAUCACUAACGAGCACGUUGUGGCCAUGAUGAAAGCCGCCAUCACCGAGACCGAAGGCCUGCCGAUGUUCGAACCCAAAAUGACCCGAUCCAAACUAAAAGAGGUGGUGGAGAAAGGCGUG